CUUCCUGCAGCACCGGGCGCGGCCAACCCUCGCUUCCCCAGGGCAGGGCUCAGCUCGGGUCAAUGCAACCAGCCAAGUCAGGCCCGAGCGGGCCAGCUCUGCCCGCCAGUCCACAGCAACCUCUGGACCCUCGCCAGAGGGGAUGGGCGUGGGCCCCGGCGGCCACCGCCCCGCCAACUCGAGCAAGGGAGGAGAGCACCCGCUACGCCGGCCCCGGACCUACCUGGAGGGGAGAGCAGAGCUCCUGGACAGCGGCCACGGGCCUGAGGGCGGACGCCGAGGCGGCCGGAGCCCGUCCCAGCAACCCCAAGUAUCCCUGGUGGGGCAGAGCGGGGAGAGGAGCGGGCCGGCUGCCGCGGGCCAGCGCGACCCGUCGCGGGGGUCGCGAGGACCUGGCUCUCCCCUUAACACCACGACACCGCCGCCGCCGCCAUUUUGCCUUCCACUCAGUGUCGCCGCCGCCGCACUCCGCUGCAGGUUUCCCGGAUGUGGGCAUUUCCCGGCGUCGCUUGCGCGGGGGCAGAGGACUGGGGGCUUCUGCCCGCCCGGCUGCUGCGAGGGAGUGCACAGCCAGCGGCCUUCGGGCCUCUUUGCGUCGCCCGCCGCUCUGAUCGUUCGUGAGCGUCGCCCCACGUCGCUCCCGCCUGCCCAUGCCCAGACGACUCGCCCGCGGCCGUGGGUUAAGGCUCUCUCCCGUUGAUUCAAUCCUUUUUCCCAUUGAUCUAUUUCUCUGGACCGAGUAGGGAUGCGCAUAUCACGGAGCUACGUUCUCACAAGGGAACAACUGUGAGUCGCUCUGGGAAACCUUGCUGUGGACUUCAGAAUUCGAGAUUUUUGGCGCUUUGAAAUAAAAUUUUAUUCUUGCUUAGCGUUCUUUCCCUGAACAAGCCUGUGAGCUUCCAGCAUCUGUAUUUUCUGAAUCAGGCAGAUAAGAAAUUCUUGAGCCAGGACCGAUUGAUUAGCAGUUUAGAGAUCUUAUCUGUCAACCGCAUCCGUAGAAGGAGGUCGUUAUUGCCGUAAUUGGAGUAACGGUGACGGUGUGACAAGAGGUUUUACUUACGGUUAAGCUGAAUGUAAAGUGUGGGACGGGAUCGUUGGGUUUGAUGUAUAAGGUACCGUCUACCCUUUGUGAAGAGCGCCUUUGCCAGUUUUUCCUCUAGGAAAUAUACAGCUGGUGUUUUUAAGUACCUUCUUUCGUAAUUUUUCUACUACAGACUAUUAAAAAAUUAAAGACAUCUUUUUCUGACGUUAAA